GAGCUGGAUAAUGUUUUCAGUGAUGAUGAUGAACAGGAAUGGCAUGAUGCCUACGAUGGCACUCCCGAAAAUAAGAGCGAUAUAAAACAGCCCAGCUUUGCAGUUCGUAUCUUUUUCAUUUUGAACUUAUUCUUAAUACAAUGGUUAGCAUAG